AUGGCGUACGAAGGAAUUCUAUUGGGGAUGGGCAACCCCCUCCUUGACAUCUCCGCCGUCGUCGACGACGAGUUCUUGCAAAAAUAUGACCUGCAGCUCAACAAUGCGAUUCUUGCCGAGGACAAGCACCUAUCCAUGUAUGAUGAAAUGUCUUCCAAGUAUAAUGUGGAGUACAUUGCUGGAGGUGCUACUCAAAAUUCAAUCCGAGUUGCCCAGUGGAUGCUUCAAAUACCUGGUGCAACAAGUUAUAUGGGUUCCAUAGGAAAGGACAAGUAUGGGGAAGAGAUGAAGAAGAACUCAAAACUUGCUGGUGUUAAUGUUCACUAUUAUGAGGAUGAGUCUGCACCAACAGGAACCUGUGCCGUUUGUGUUGUAGGUGGUGAAAGGUCACUUAUUGCCAAUUUGUCAGCUGCUAACUGCUACAAGUUUGAGCAUUUAAAGAGACCAGAAAAUUGGGCUUUGGUUGAGAAGGCCAAGUACUUCUAUAUUGCUGGUUUUUUUCUUACUGUAUCCCCAGACUCCAUUCAGCUUGUUGCUGAACAUGCAGCUGCAACUAACAAGGUUUUCUCAAUGAACGUUUCUGCUCCAUUUAUCUGUGAAUUUUUCAAGGAUGCUCAGGAGAAAGUUUUGCCGUAUAUGGACUUUGUUUUUGGAAAUGAGACAGAAGCUAGAACCUUUUCAAAAGUCCAUGGCUGGGAGACUGAUGAUGUCGAGCAAAUAGCUCUAAAGAUCUCCCAGUGGCCCAAAGCAUCAGGAACACACAAGAGGAUUACUGUUAUUACUCAGGGUGCAGAUCCCGUAGUUGUUGCUGAGGAUGGGAAAGUGAAAAAGUUCCCAGUCAUAAGGUUGCCCAAAGAAAAACUGGUUGAUACCAACGGAGCAGGGGAUGCGUUUGUUGGAGGUUUUCUAUCGCAGUUAGUUCAAGAGAAACCAGUUGAAGACUGUGUGAAAGCGGGCAACUAUGCCGCGAAUGUUGUCAUCCAAAGGUCUGGCUGCACCUACCCAGAGAAGCCUGAUUUCAAUUAA